AGAAGAUGGUGUACCUAUUCUGCCACGGAAUGGUCGACUCAAGUCAUCAAAACACUGAUCCGGGUACCCAGUUUGGAGGAGGCAUGUGGCAUUGCACAAAGAUUUGAACGUGCCCACUCCAUUCCUCAAAUCAUAGGUUGUGUGGAUGGGAGCCACAUCCCUUGCUUGCCUCCAAGUGAUGGCUACAGAGACUUCAUAAACAGGAAGGGAUGGCCAUCCUAUGUCCUCCAGGGAGUCUGUGAUGACAAAUACUGUUUUUGGAGUGUGAGCUGCAAAAUGCCUGGUUCAGCACAUGACGCCAAUGCACUCCGCCAGUCCAAUCUGUUCAACAAUGCACAAUACUUCCCAAAGAGAGCAGUGCAGAUCGAGGGGCAGGAUGUGGAUUUCUUCCUGCUGGGAGAUCCUGCGUACCCACUGAUGCCCUGGCUAAUGAAGGGCUAUCUGCAGUCCCCAAGACUGACACCACAAGAGGAAAGCUUCAACGUCUAUUUGAGUUCUGCUAGAACAACUAUAGAGAUAGCAUUUGGUCGACUGAAAUCUCGUUUCUGUGUUCUGUUGAAGCGCAGUGACUUCCAUUUUACUUUCACACCAUACGUGGUAGCAACCUGUUGUGCUCUACACAACUUUUGUGAGAUGGAGAAGGAGCAUGUUAAUCCCAGAUGGGCAGAGGAGGCCACAUCAGUAGAAAGGCUGUUUCGUGUCACAGGUCAAUAGGGCUGAUAACAGUGCAGCCUCAGCUACCAGACGGGCCCUGAUUACCUUGCUGCACGUGUCCCACUCCGUAAGCGCUUAGUAAGAGCGUGAGUGUGCAGGACGAAUGGCUCUGAUAGGAAACAAACAACUUUAAACUGUAAGCUCGAUACUUUUCAAAACUCUUUAUUUUCUAAGUUUUAAAAGAUGUUUAUCUGCCUUCUCCUUUGUUGCUGUGCACCUCUGAAAAAGAACAGGUAUAUGCAAUGUUCAAAUAAAAUGUCAACACAUACAAGUUUUCUAGUAAGUUUAAUAAAACAUUUGUUCUUUAAUAAAGCACAUAACAAAAUAACAUUUUGGUUUUGCUUUUUAAAUGUGAGGUUGAUUCAGAAAUCAUUUGAGACAUGAGUGCCUCAUCACUGGCAUGUCUCAACUGCCUUUGCUGCUCAAACCAUUGCUUCUGCGUUUGCUGCAUUCUCUCAUGAACUGUUGAUGUUGA